AUGCAGACGCUUUACGCGCUCGCAGCGAGAAGGUCGCGCGACCUCAAUCGCGUAUACCGCCCUAUAAACAACACCAGCACUACUACUCGCCAAAAUCCUCUUUUCAUCUCCUCCUCCUCCUCCUUUCCUUCUCGAGAAAGAGACGACAUUAAAACCCCUACCCCUACCGGGAAAGUGCGUCUCCUGUACAAAGGUCCAAACGUGAAACUCUUUCGAGCGAUUGUUCGAUUCAAACUGCUGCAGGUAUUCUCAAUCGGGGCGGUGAGCACACCUCUUUUGCUCGUGUUUGGAGGAGGAGAUGGAGGAAAUAUCGAAAACGUGACUGCGACGACGCAGAUGGUGUUCGCGUCCGCCAGUGCAUUUGGGGCGAUUGGGUGCUCGUUCGCUUUGCAAGAGUUUGCGAAUCGAUACGUCGGCGAAUUAGCUUUGUUGAGUAGUCAUAGUAACAGCAGUAGCAAUACUAAUAAUAAUGAUGAUAAUAACACUAAUAGUAAUAGUACGAGUGGCGAUGCGGAGAAGAAGUUGCGAAUAUCUUCGAUGGACUUUUGGGGGAAUCGAAUCGAAACGGUGGUGAAAUAUCCCGAGGCGGUUAAAGCGCCAUUGCGGAACGUGCCGGAGAGUUCGUACGGUGAAGUAGCUGAAGCGACAUUUUUACCACUAGACGUGUACUUAGACGAAGAGAAGAGGGAGAAGAAACAGUUCAUGGUGAGCUUGAGACACGGGAAGUUGAUCGAUAAGAAGAAGCUACUGGAUGUCUUGAGCGGUAAAAACUAA